GCACCGUUGCAUUGUUUACCUCAGAUUUGAAUGAAGAAGAAACGCGAUUCUCAACAUGACAGAAAGUCAGACUCUCCCCUUUUUCUCGCGGCUGGGCACCUUCUGCCGUUAUGUGGACUCCCAAGUGAUGGAACUGAAGGAGGAACUUGUCACACAUGACCAAAAGCCCCACAAUUAUGACAGAGGACUUAGGUGCCUGAAAAACGACGUUAAAGAUCUCAAGAAAUUGACAGAAGAUAUCCAACACAAGCUGGUUUCCAUCGAGAACUUUUCCAGCUACCUUCAGUCCAUGCAAGAACUUGUUGUUCAGCAAGCUACUGACAUUGACAAGAUUGAGAAAUAUCUCUUAACCUUUGGAUACGCUCCGCUGCCAAAACAGGAAAAGGAUGCCAAGAAUUGUGAAGUGACAGUGGAGGUAACUGGACCUUCCUCCGAGCAAAAGAAAUGUGUAUCGCCAGACAGGCCACUCAAAGAGGAGGAUAAUCCUAAGACCGAAGGAACCCCAGUCCUGAGUAACGUCGGCCUCAUGGUGGUUCAAGGGAAACAGAUUCCGACAGUCACCGCUCCCAAACCUGUACAGGCUCAAAUAGAAACACCUAUAAUAAGCAAAGUUCAAAGCAAAUGCCAAGAAGAGACCAAACCUGUCUUCUCACUUUCGUCUCUGUCACACUCUUACAUGACAGUUGACCAGUGGCUGGCAGGAGUAAAUGAACCUGUGGAGUUGACUCCAGAUGUAUUGCCAAAACACAAAAUGCCCAUGAGAAAGCAACUUCCUCAGCACACUCAGUCAGAGGAAAGAGAUCUGCAUCUAGUAGAAACAACCCCUCCAAGGCAAGAGAAUCCAACUCCUGCCAGAGAAACACAGAGGAUGGAAGCUCCUCGUCCAAUGACCCCACCAGCCAGCCAAAGGAAGGACAUCUCUGUGGAGGCUUACAGUGCACCAUCCACCCCAAAUGAACCACAGCUUUCUGAAUAUACCACUUCCUUGUUGUCUCUAAUUAACCGCAAACCUAUACGAGAACAUGAGGAGCCACAGGUGCCAUAUACAAGACGAUUGCAUGCUGCAACACCAGAGGAACCAGGCCUGUCAACAUUCACUACCAAGUCACCAAGAGAGGAGAAAAAGUCAGAGAGAGUUUACACUCCAGAGGAGCCAGCACUUUCUUAUAGUGAGAAAAAGUUGGCAUUUAUGAAAAAUUUCAACAAAGAAAAUUACACUCCAGAGGAACCUGUUCUCUCCUACAAGAAGCCUCAAGGUGAGAGUGAGAAUCCAGAAGAUGAGAGAACUCCUGAGGAGCCUUUCCUCUCAUCUGCAUACACUAAAUCUCACUCUCAGAGCAUGUCCAGCUUUCCUUUUUCUAAGAAAAGUUAUGCUGCAAGCCCUACCUCACCACAGCUCUCUAAUAUCACACAAUCAGUUCUAUCCUUUGUCCAAAAUCCAGUGCCUUCCCACAGCUCUCAUAGACAGACAGAACAGUACCAUAGUCACAGAAACCCUACAGAACCACGAAAGAGUGAAAUGCCCCGUCAUUCUUCCUCUCACAGAAGUAGCAGCCAUCCAUACAACCCGGAGCCAGGCAGUUUUUCUCGUUCCAUGAUGGAUACACUCCGCUAUCAAACAACAUAUUCUGAACUCACUAGCAGUCAGGAUGAAGCCCAAAAGAGUGCUAAACCAGCUCGGUAUAGGCCAGGAAUGGAGGAGUUCCUGAAGCAAGAUGAUGUUCCUGCUUCACCUCAGCUUUCUGAUGUAACCCAACGAAUAAUUGGCCAGACUAGGAGAUGGUGAAUAUUUAGUUUCUCACUGAAAUUAUGCCUGAACAUGCAAAACAGAGUUAAAGAUUUUAACUUCUCUCUACCAGUAUCACCAGUAAUGUUCCCAUAAUGGAAAUUUGUUAACUACUAUCACUGGAUAAAUUACAUUGACAGAUGUCCCCUUCUCAUUCUUUCUGUUUUAUUGUUUUAGUUUAUACUCAUUGUAAAAUGUAAACAAAUUAAAAUUUGUACCUUCAA